GAAAAGGGUUGGCCUUGGCCUUGGGGACGGGGUGGGUCCAAUUCAUCCUUAUUUAACAUUUGCCCUUCCCUCUACUUCCUCACCAAACACCCUCAUAUCUCUCUUUCCUAUUACUUACCCGUUUCAGUUCCAAUCCAACCCACCAGCACUCUGGCCUUGAGCAAACUUCAAUUCUUUUUUCUGAAGAAAAAAGCGAACCCAAUUCAGAGAGAGAAAGCGAAUGAUCUCAAGCUCAAGAUUCAUACUUUUGUGCUUUUCUUCGAAUAAAGAAAGAAAGGGAAAAGCCAACGAGGGUUUCCUUCUGGUUCCUCUAAAAUCCAUUCUGUGACUGUAAUGGAGAGUCGUAUGGAUUUCUUCAACUGGCUGGAUUACGAUGCGUUGAUGAAGAUUUUAUUGUGCUUGGAUGAUCCUGCUGAUCUUGUCCGCGUCAGUUCCGUCUCCCGGAGUUGGAGACAUUUUGUUGUCACAAAUGGUCUUAGUAGGCAGCUCUGCAUAAAAAUGUUCCCUACUUUGCAGAGACUUGACCAUGUCGUUGAACCAAGCCGUUGUGUUAAGGAUAUUACAGAAGUUGGAUGCAGCAGAUUUGUGGAAGAUGAAAAUCUCGGGGUUGAACACCGAGCUUUUGCAUUUCUAACUCGUUCUUGCAAAACUUUACCUUUGAGAGAAUGUAUAGGAGAAGCUAUAAGUGCUUCUAGCACUGAUAAUUAUCCGGAUGAGAGUGUUCGUAAUACCCUGGAACCACAUGAGAGAGUUGGAAGGCGGCCUUCUUAUUGGUCUAGUAAAGGACAAAACAAGUCUGCAGUGCCUGAGACGCUCGUCUAUAAGCUGGCCAGCGACAUAUGUGUGGUUUCUGAAAUCAACAUAAAGCCGUUCCAAGCUUAUUUUCAGUGGGGUUCUCCUAUAUAUUCUGCCAAAUUCGUAAGAUUUCGGUGUGGCCAUCCCAAUGUUCCAAUGGAUGGUCCCAUGAGCGAGCCAUGUGAUGUUUGUCCUGCUGAGAAAUUCACGUGGACUUACACUUCCCCCGAGUUUCCUAUGGCACAGUUUUUUUCUCGGACCAAGCAUCUGAAGCAGUCCCAGCUUAUCCUUCCGCUACAAGUAUGUCCUGUGGUUCUGAUUAGGGGAGAAUAGACUACAAAAUUUCAAGCUUCCUGACCCCAUCCUUUGCAUUGGUGGAAUCCUGAUGAUUGAGCUUUUAGGCAGAGUUCAGAAACAAACAAUGGAUGGGCUCUUCUAUAUAUGCAUCUCUCAUGUUCAAGUCAUGGGCCGCACUUUAUCACCUGCAUUCGGGGUCGAAAUCUUGGAGCCGUCUGGUUGUUUCACCUUAAAUGCACUGAGCUACGAACCCACCUUGCCAGAGAAGCCCUCCCCGAAUGCGUACUUGCAAGGGCGGAUAAGAGACUUGGAGCAGAUAUUGAAUCUAUUAAGAGACCAAGGAGUAGUUGUUGAGGAGUACGAUUGGAAUGGAGACGAGGAGGAGGUCGACGAUGAGUUUGAGGAGGACUUCGCUCUCUGAGUCCCCUCAACUGACCACUUCAAGGUAGAAGCUGUGCGCACUGCUUCUGUGCCUUGUAAUUUGUAUCUCAUGCAUUUGGGCCAAGCAUAAUGAUCUCUGGUUUUCACCCAGUUAAUGCGGAGUGAUGGUCCUUGAAAUGCCUUUGUUUCCCCGCGCUCGCUGGGGCAAUGUUUGUAUGUGUAUCUGUUUCAAAUAAUAACAAAAAUAAGGUCAUGCUCAUGCCUUCGUUUUUAUUUUUCCCCUUCUCCUUUGGUUCAUGAGCACUAUAUGCUACUCACCGAUUAAGGGACGAGAGAUCGAAGGAAGAUAAGGUUCCCGAUUCACAAACACAUAACUUUCACACCC